GCAAGUUGGAUGGAUAUACAAGGAAUGAAGAACUGGGAAGGUUUGUUAGACCCUCUUGACAAUAAUUUGCGAGGUGAAAUCAUUCGAUAUGGCCAUUUUGUCGAAGCUGCCUAUCGAUCAUGCGAGUUUGAGCCCUCAUCACCUUCCUAUUCCAAGUGCCGAUUCUCCAAGAGAAAGUUACUAGUCCAAUCCGGGUUUUCUGAGACUGGCUACAGAAUUACUGAGAAUCUACAUGCCACAUCAGGAAUCCAGCUGCCGGGGUGGAUUGAGAAGGCGCCCAGUUGGAUUUCAAUGCGGUCUAGUUGGAUCGGCUACGUCGCGGUUUGCCAGGACAAGAGAGUAAUUUCCAAGCUUGGCCGGAGAGACGUGGUGAUAGCCCUUCGCGGGACUGUCACGUGUCUCGAGUGGCUUGAGAAUCUAAGAGCAACUCUAACUCCUCUCUCCAAUGAUAAUGCAGCCUCAGAAGUCGGCGCAAAUGAUUACUCCUCUUGCCCAAUGGUGGAAAGCGGUUUCUUGAGUCUAUAUACUUCAAGAGUGGGAACAUCCCCAAGCCUGCAAGAUUUGGUGAGGCAAGAAAGCGGCAGGAUUCUUGAAACUUAUGGCGAUGAACCCUUAAGUUUCACCAUCACCGGCCAUUCUUUAGGGGCAGCACUUGCAACCCUUGCGGCCUAUGAUAUCAAAGAAACCUUCAAAUGUGAACCCCUUGUGACGGUUAUCUCCUUUGGUGGUCCAAGAGUUGGGAACCAAAGCUUCAGAUGUCACCUUGAAGAACAAGGCACUAAAGUCUUACGUAUAGUAAAUUCAGACGAUCUAAUAACUAAGAUGCCAGGUUUUGUGAUCGAUAAUAAUGAAGAUAAUUUGACUAAACAUAAUAAUGAAUCUGCACCGGCGGGCCAGAUGGUAAAACUCUUGAGUUGGAUCCAAAAAAUUGUGGAAGAUAGCCAAUGGGUGUAUGCUGAUGUGGGAUGCGAGCUCCGCCUAAGCAGCCGUGAUUCACCUUAUGUGAAUGGCUUCGACUUUGCAUCAUGCCACGAGCUCAAGACAUAUCUACACUUGGUUAAUGGAUUUGUCAGCUCAAAUUGUCCAAUAAGAGCCACGGCCAGAAAAUUGAUCAACAAAUCUCUUGUACCAUGA